AUGGCAGAGUACAACAAUGCUAUUGUUAAGUCUCCAUUGGAACUCAAAGGUCUACCAAAAUACUUAUCGUUAAUUUUUCAUCGAUCACUCGAACGAGCUGUAUGGGCAUUUUGUGAAUUGGGUAUUGCUGAUGUAAUGGCUGAUUACCAAGCUCCUAUUACAGCAUCACAAUUAUCUCAAUUGAAUGGAAAUAAUUGGAAUGCGGAAUUUCUCUAUCGAUUGUUACGUGUGAUUGCUGAUGCUGAUAUUGUAAAACAGUUAAAUAAUGAUGACGAUAAUUCAAUUAAGUAUAGUCAUCCAGAAGAAAUUAUUCAAUUUCAAUUGACAGAAGAUGGAUUACUAUUGACAAGCAAUCAUUUUUCAAAAGCACGUGAUAUGAUUCGAUUAGACUUAGGUCCGAACACGGAAAAGGUAUCAACAUAUUUUCCAUCUUUAAUUAAAUUUGGUUACAAACAUGGAAAUAGUUUCGAACAAGCAUUCGGUUGCAGUAUAUUUGAUUAUAUGCAAAAAGAAGAGAAUAAAGAAUAUGCAAAUAUAUUCAAUAAUUCAAUGGUUGCCUAUUCGAAUUAUAUGACAUCGUCGAUAGUUUCAGUUAUUGAUUUUGCUCGUUUUAACACAUUAGUUGAUAUUGCUGGAGGAUUAGGAACAUUAUUAUCAUCUAUUCUGGAAAAACAUGAAAAUUUAUAUGGUAUUUUAUUCGAUUUGGCGCAUGUAAUCGACAAUGCUAAAAUGAUGAAUCCAAACGAAUUUCAACGAAAAAAUAUUGAACCAACUCGUUAUGAAUUUGCUUCGGGAGACAUGUUCAAAUCUGAAACAAUAUCAUCAGCCGAUGCCUAUAUAUUGAAAUACAUUAUUCAUGAUUGGAACGAUGAAAAAUCAAUUGAAAUACUCAAAUCGAUACGUUACGCCAGUAAAACUCAAAUAGAAAAAACCAUUACAGUGUUUAUAGUUGAAAUGGUAAUAUUGUCAAAUAGUAAAGACAACUGGGAAGCACACGUGAUGGAUCUUGAAAUGCUAUCAGGUGUUGGUUCCAAAGAAAGGAAUUUAACUGAAUACAUCGAUUUACUGAAAAAAAGCGGUUAUGAAUUGAAACAAUUAUAUAGAACAAAAGGUCUUAUGUCUAUUAUUGAGGCAGUGACAACAACUCAAAAUUGUGGUUGA